CAUAUUGAACAGAAUCAACUGUUUCAAGUGCGCAAGACAUCUCGCGCAGUCUCAUUGACCAGACCUAGUGGACUAAUGGUCUUCGACACGAACGAAAACCAAAUCAGUCUGAGAAGUCUUUAGAGUGUGUGCCCAACGGCGGAAAAUCGUUGUGUCCUUUAAAAUAAAAAAAGAAAAAAAAAGAAAGAAAGAAACAAACAAAAAAAAGAAAAGAAAAAGUAGAGAAAAAAAAUAUUCCUUAAAUUAAAUUUCAAAUUAUAAUAACGCGACCUCGUAAGAGCGUCGGGUAAUUCUUCGUCUAAACUGCAACUGUUCUUCGGUUCGAGGACUCAACAACAAGAAAUCAACUCGUUUUCCCGUCUUCGCAGCAAGUCGACGACGACAAGAAUUUGCACCUUCUUACCACCACCACCACUACCAACCACCACCCACCGUCAUCAUCAUCAUUACAAACAAGUAUCUGUGAUCUUCAAUCUGCAUUUUGGAAUUCGUAAACGACGUCGUGGGUAUUAAAUAUAUAGGACAAAAAAAAAAAAAAAAAAAAAAAAAAAUUAUCGCCAUGCCGGCAGGUAUUGGCGCUUCGUACAGAUCACUAGGUGAUCUGGGCGAAGAUGUCUACAAAAGUACAACAAUUGUUGAUCAAACACAAACAACUGGCCAAAGUGUACUUGAAAGUGUGAAGAAGGCAUUCAGUUUUGCAGCACCAAAAAUUGAUAUCAGAAAGAAGAAUCUUUUAAUUGAAGAUUCAACGAGAGAGAACAUCUCAAUUGUUUCAAGGGACAGAAACAAGAUGCCAGCCGCUGCCAGUGCCGAGGAAUCAGCUCUUUUGGGCACGAUGCCUUCUGACAGUAUGGACGACAUCGAACUGAAGAAUAUUCAGCUACAAUUUCCAGCACUUAGGUACUUGACACGUGAUGAUGCUUCAGUUCAAGAAGAAAGAAUUGAAACCGACAAAGGUACAGUGCUUGUCGCAAUUCAAGGAAAUCGGGCAAAACCUGCCAUUCUUACGUACCACGAUUUAGGCCUUAAUUAUAUCUCGAGCUUCCAGACUUUCUUCAAUUACAUCGACAUGCGCGUUCUUUUAGAAAACUUUUGUGUUUAUCAUGUGAACGCGCCAGGGCAAGAAGAAGGCGCUCCCACAUUACCUGACGAUUAUAUUUAUCCGUCCAUGGAUGACUUGGGGGAACAAUUGCUGUUUGUUUUAGGGCAUUUUGGAUUGAAAUCAGUUAUAGGAUUUGGCGUUGGUGCUGGUGCGAAUAUUCUCUCGCGUUUUGCACUAGCCCAUCCGGAAAAAGUGAAUGCCCUCUGCUUGAUCAAUUGUGUAUCGACACAAGCCGGUUGGAUUGAAUGGGGUUAUCAAAAAUUAAACGUUCGUUAUUUAAGGUCGCAGGGUAUGACUCAAGGAGUUCUCGAUUAUUUAAUGUGGCAUCAUUUUGGCAGAGGUACCGAGGAGAGGAAUCAUGAUCUCGUUCAAGUUUACAAGAAUUAUUUCGAGCGUCGAGUUAAUCCAACGAAUUUAGCAUUGUUCAUCGACAGUUAUGUACAACGUACGGAUUUGAAUAUCACCCGGGAAUUGGAUCCAACUCGUAAGAAGGAAGGAUUAACUUUGGAUGUACCGGUAAUGAAUAUCACAGGAGCACUUAGUCCUCAUGUCGAUGACACCGUCACAUUAAAUGGACGACUCGAUCCCACUAAUAGCUCCUGGAUGAAGAUUUCGGAUUGCGGUAUGGUACUAGAGGAACAACCCGGUAAAGUGAGCGAGGCCUUUCGAUUGUUUCUACAGGGUGAAGGAUAUGUGGUGAGAAUGCCGAGAAAGACUUCAACACCAUCGACACCAGAAGUGGCGCCACUUUCUCCUUUAAAAAUGGCGGAUUACAGAUUAGCCUCCCUCGAGGGAUUGAAUCACAUCUGCAGUAAGAAAAUUGACUGGCCCACUGCAACAAUUCACAUCACUGAAAAUCCCAUAUCAGAAGCGGUUGUUUGUUAAAUAACGAUACGUUUAUCAUCGUGAUUUGUACAAAAUAAAAAAAAAAAAAGACGAUUGCUAUCAAAAAAAAACAAAAAAAAAAACAUCGGAACUCGCAGCUUUCCGAUUUAAAAACAAGAAAAAAAACCGCCGAACAAAAAAAAAUGGUAGCUUUAUCAGCUUUAAACCAACUCGAAUACAAUCGUCGCAAGAACAAAAUCCUCUCAUUUUAAGUAAGUUCAAAAUCUUAUUUAUAUAAAAAAUUUUUUUUAAGGUGAGUCUUUACACUUUCAUAUUUUGUAUAUUGCGAUUUUUUUUUU